AUACGAGUUAGAUUGUUCACUGGGGCUGUUUAGUGCAGCCAGAGACCAAAUCACUAUCGUCAAAGUUUGUUUCCUUUCUUUUUUCUAUUUGCUCUCAGUGGAUAAUUUUUCCAUCCUGAUGAUCAGAAGAGUGUUUGAGGGUUUCAGAGAUCCUUCAGAACAACAUGAUGGGUCUGAUCCUAUGACAACUGGGAUAGGCUCCGCCUGCGACCCUGAUAAGGACAGGCUGAAGAGAAUGGAUGGAUGGAAGUGACAGAGAACAAAACCAUGACAGCUGAACCUGGACAGGACAUCACUUUGACAUGUCGAGCUCCAAACAACAACAACAUUGUUGUUCUAGAGUGGAGCAGAGCUGACCUGGGAGAGAAAUAUGUGCUUCUGUUCCGGGAUGAGCUGUUUGAUUUAGAACAACAGCAUCCAUCUUUUAAGAACCGGGUGGAGCUGCAGGACAGACAGAUGAAGGAUGGAGACGUGUCUUUGAUUCUGAAGGAUGUGACGACUAAUGACACUGGAACAUACGAGUGUCGUGUUGUCCAGAGAGGAACUAAACGCAGGAAGAGAGCUGUUUUGAAAAAUGACCCCAUCAGCAUCGUCACCUUGAAAGUUGAUCCUCUAGGUCAGACAGGAGGAGACACAGAGGAUGGAGGGAAGAAUGGAUCUGCUGGACUGAUUGUCGGUCUGAGUGUUCCUGCUGUGCUUCUUGUUGCUGUUGUUGGUUUUUUGAUCUACAGAAAACAUAAACAACCACAGAGGCAGGAUUCAUACCAGCCUCCUGUUGAACUGCAGCCUGUUUGAAAUGUCAGCUUAACUGUGAUUCUUGUGCUUUGUUUUCAGUCGUGUCACUGAAAAUGUGGAAAGACAGAAGUCAGUAAUAUUAAACAUUUAGCAGGUAUCUGUCAGACAGGUCCAGAUUUUGCAUUUAAUUUACAUUUUUCAUCAGAAAAGAGGAGAAAGUUGUUUGGAAUAUAAACAGUAUUUGUCUGAUAUGACUCAGGAUCCUUUGAUCACAUGUUGCUGGUGUUUGACUCGUUUUAAAUGUAAUUAUAUUCAAAUGAAACCAAAGAAAAAAACAUUUCUAUGUAGCUGCAGAGUCCAACAUUUCCUCCCUUUGACCUGAAACGAUUCAGCUUUAUUGAACUUUACCUUCCAUGAAGGAGACUCUUCAGUCUGUUACUGUCCAGUUGUUACUUUCCUUUAAAUAUUUUCCUGACAAAGAUCCACAUGUGUUAGUACUUAAUGUGUAUGUUUUUUUUAUACCAACAUUUCCUGUGGCUGUACUUUUUUUGUUCUGUUUUCAAUCAGAAGCUCUGACUUCCUGAAACUGUUGAUGCAGAUUUUGUCACCUUGAAUUGAUCCAAAAUAAAUACAACCAUGUGUGAACUGUU